AUGCCUCCUGGGCGCCUCCUGGGUGAGGUGUUCCGGGCAUGCGCCACCGAGAGGAGGCCCCGGGGGAAGACCCAGGACACACUGGAGAGCUUAUAUCGCUUGGCUGGCCUGCGAAUGCCUUGGUGUUCACCCGGACAAGCUGGAGGAGGUGGCUGGGGAGAGGGGGGUCUGGGCUUCUCUGCUUGGGCUGCUGCCCCCGCGACCCGGCCCUGGAAAAGUGGAAGAAGAUGGAUGGAUGGACAAAAUGAGAAGUCUCAAACUUUCACAAAUGAAAUCAGGGUCCACAUGAGUUGGACAAAUGAAUUCCUGACUUGGAACCCUUCAGAGUUUUGUGGGAUAGAAAAGCUGUCCAUUAUGAAAUCAAUGUUGUGGUUCCCUGAUGUAAUUAUUGUUGAAGAUGUUUCUGAUGAUGGGAGCAUUCGGAUGAGUCCACUGGUCACUGUAUAUUCCAACGGUUCAGUGAAGGCAGACUUUCAGCAGCGGCUGACCUUUGCAUGCCGUUUAAAUCUCUUCGUGUUCCCUUUUGAUUUGCAAACGUGUUACAUCUCAUUUUCAUCUCUGAACUCUGAUGUGGACUCUAUAACAUUUGGAACGAUCAGCGACGAAAAAUUCCUUACUCAAGUCUCUGAUACAGUCAUGCUUACAAGGGGAGAGUGGGAACUCAAACACAUCGACAUAUACUCAACUAAUCAAACCACUGAAAAUAAAAGCUUCGUUUCAUUCAGAGUGUCGAUGUUGAGGAAGCCAAUGCUUUAUGUGAUAGAUUUCAUCAUACCCCUCUUCUAUUUCCUGAUCAUGGAUUUAGCUUCAUUCUUCAUUAGUGAGGCCAAAGGGAAAAAGCUGAGCUUCAAAGUGACAAUACUUCUGUCCAUCUCUGUCUUACUGCUGCUUCUUAAGGACAUAUUGCCGUCCACUGAAAAAGACAUGCCAAUCAUAUCCAGUUAUUGCAUGGUCAUCUUUACAAUGGUGGCUGUAAGUGUCCUGGAGACCAUGCUGGUGAUGUUUUUAAUGGACUUUGAAGGUUUUAGUUGUUUUUAUAAGAAGGCUGAAAACUGUGAAAAUGCCAAGACUGAUGUUCAGCUGGAACCCAUGGAAGCCACGGCUGUGCAAGGGAUUUUCCUACUCGUCUAUCUCCAGGGUUUACAGAGAAUGGUCCAAAUGGGCCUCUUAAACCUCUGA